GCCAUGGCUCACCAACUCCGCUUCGCCUGCCGGCUAUUGGUCUGCUGGGUGGUGGUAACCGUGGCAGAAGGACAAAAAGCAGUAGCCACCCCUCUUAGAGGCUCACAAGAUGAUGGAGGCCCUACAGACUGCGAGAUCUUUACACUCACCCCUCCACCCACCAUAAGGAACCCGGUGACGAGGAUUCAGCUCGUCCCAAGGACACCCAAGUGUCCCUUUCAUUUUUUUCCACAAGGGCCUAGAGUCCACAUUAGGUUUCCAAACAGACCUUUCCUUCCUCGGAAGUGCAAUCGUCGUUUUCAGUUUCGUCCGUUCUUUUGGCCACACAGUCGCCUCACUCCUCAUUACAGAUACUUCCCCAGAAGAAAACUGUGGAGAAGAAGCUCCUCUGAAGAAAGCAGAGAGAAAAGAGAAGCCCCAAACAUGCUGAUGCAAAAGAGGCCAAUACCUCCGAAAAGAGAUUAAAAACAUUCCUGCUUUCUUUUUCCAAACUAAAGUGAUUGGAGUUGAACAUGAAGUAUCUUAAACACCACAGACUAGAAAUCGUUCUUGAUGUCUGCAGGGAAGAUAUCGGCUUACAGGAUAUUCAUGUUUGCCAGAUAGGAGCGAUAACUACAUUACCCUUAUCCCCAACUUUUUAAGAUCUCAGGAUAUUCAUGCAAAUAAAAUCCUAAAAUGGGUGGUUCCAAGAAUUCCUGUACAGACUGCAAUGCCAGGAGAAUCAGCUCUCUCUUCUAAAUUAAAGUGAAAGCAUUUAAACAAAUCGAUAUAAACCAAAUGAAGACAUUAAUGACACCCUUUUUACUCACUGGAAAAUUUACAGAGCGAAGCGCAUUUACAAAGUGAACUGUAAAGGAAAUUAUAGAAAACUGAAAGUUUAAUGUUAUUCUUAUUCUAUUCUCUGUUUGGCCAUGGUGUAGAUAGUGGCUACUUACUCAUUUAUCUUUUACCAAGGUGUAAUUGACAUGACAUUAUAUUAGUUUCAGAUGUACAAUGUAAUGAUUCCAUAUUUGUAUAUAUUGCAAAAAAUCACAAUAAGUCCAAUUAACAACCAUUACCAUACAAGUUACGAUUUUUUUUUCUUAUGAUGAGAACUUUCAGGAUCCACUCAGUUUUCUAAUAACAACAACAAAAGAAUUAUACUCAUUAAAGCAAAACAAAGUUAUGGGGCAUCUAAGAUAAUACCUUGAAGAUAUCAUAAACUAAAUUACCUAACUUAAAAAACUAUUUUUUAACUGUAAUAUCUAAAGUUACUUUUAUGUUGACUUUUUAAGCAACCAGUGCAAAUUAGUUUGAUAAGUAUCUCACUGUUUCUCACCUUAUCAUCAUAUGGAUACUAGCUUAGAUUGCUUAUUAUUUAUUUCCCCUAGAACUUUCAGUAAGGUUCCAGACUCAAAGUCUGAUUAAAAGUUUACAUGGAUGAUUUCAUUCAUAUGUAGAAUUUAAGAAACACAGC